AUGGCUUCCCACGUCGUGGUGAUUGCCACCGACCUGCGGCGGACAACGAUCAAGGUGAACCCCGGAACGUACUUGACCGACGUCCUCCAAGAGGCCUGCAGGAAGCUCAAUCUUUCCAGCGACAGGUACCUCAUCAAACACCGUCAAAAGCAAGUCGACCUCUCAGUCCCCUUCCGAACAUCCGGCCUCAUCCCCGGCGCAAAGCUCGAGCUCGUGCAAAAGUCCAACACGCCCUCCGCCAUCCAGGUCGCCCUCCAAGUCCCGUUGCCGGAGGGUCGCGAGAUCCCUGGCGGCCGCCUGAUCCAAAAGUUCCCCAGCGACUUGACCCUGUGGAAGGUCUUGCGGCAGUUUGAGAGCGGCCAGGCGAGCAAUGGCAAGAACAUCAACAUCACGGCCCGUGGCGUCGCCCAGACGGCGAGCAGCUCUGGCAACGGCGGCGGACAGUUGUACUACGAGAUCCCGGUGUUGAACAUCAUGGGUAGGGAGCUGGCCUCUUUUGCCGACUUUCAGCGGACCCUGUCGCAACUGGGCUACAACUCGGGGAGUGUGCUGAUCAGGCUGGCGUACCGCCAGACGGAACAGACACUGUUUGAUGCCAUGGCGGAGAUCGGCCAGUUCUUCAACGAGGAGGAAGCACCAGCCGCGCCAGAAGCAGCAGAGAAGGAGACGAAGGAACCGACCGAGGAAACCCAAGAUACCCCCAUGACAGAACCUCAACCCGACCCUGUAGAAGAGUCACUCCUUGAUCAACAGCCCCCCGAACUGGGAGAGACUCUAGGUUCAUCCAUCGACCAACCCGCCAAGGAAGAUGACAUGGCCGUCGACAACUCUCAACCAAGCAACCCCCUAGAACCCGUGGGCGUGUUCCUUGCACCAUCAGGAACAGUCCCAGCUGCCGCCCUAGCCGAAGUCGAAGAAACCGACUACACCCCGUCCAUCGCCCACGCCCAGAUCCACCAGGCCCGUCUCCAGGAGCACUCACGGAACAAGCGCCUCCUCUCAGACAGAGAGCUCGAGGACAAGGCUGCAGCCGAGGCAGCCAAGGUGGCCGCGAUCAAGUCCGUUCUCGUCAAGGUCCGCUUCCCAGACAACACGAGCAGCGACUGGCAGGUUGGUCCCGCCGAAACGGGCCGCUUCUUAUACAAUGCUGUCCGGCACGUCAUGGCCAACGAUGACCAGCCUUUCCACCUCGUCCUUCCUGGGACUAAGGCAGUCAUAAAGAACGACGACGGCCCUUCCAGCAGCCUCAUUAAGGACUACAAAAUCUCCGGACGCAUCCUCGUCAACCUAGUCUGGGACGAUGGCGUUCCCCCUGCAAUCCGAAAGCAGCCCUUCCUCAAGUCCAACGUGGCGCAACAGGGACAGCAAGUCAAGGUUCCCGAGCCUAUUGUGGCUUCAGACGACAAGGGCAAGGGCCCGGCCUUGCCCACGCUUCAACAGCCCGACAAGGGCGAGGGCAGUGGGGAUAAGAGUGGUAAGAAGAUACCCAAGUGGCUCAAGUUGGGCAAGAAAUAG